AUGUCGGCUCCUACAGACACUGCGCCUGCCUCAUGCAAGGUUAUGCUUUCCAAGCACGUGGCCAAUCGCUUGAUCAGCGAGGUCCAGGAAGGCGUCAAGACUCUUGAGAAGCCGCCGCACCUGGUCGGAUUCUUGGCGAACAAUGACCCCGCGGCACUGAUGUAUGCGCAAUGGACGCAGAAGACUUGUGAAGAGAAUGGAUUCAAGUACACUCUUCGCGAAGUUAGCCGCGACGAUAUCGAGGAACAAAUUAUUGGUGCCAACACCGACUCCGACGUUGACGGCAUCAUUGUCUACUACCCCAUUUUCAACAACCGCCAGGACCAAUACCUGCAGCAAAUAGUUGAUGUCUCCAAAGAUGUCGAGGGUCUCAGCCACCGCUACAUUUUCAACAUGUACCAGAACAUCCGCUUCUUGGACCCGGAAACCAAGCGCCAGAAGUGCAUCCUGCCCUGCACGCCGUUGGCCAACAUUAAGAUUCUUGAGUACCUGAACAUCUACAACACCAUCCUGCCCUACGGAAACAGACUUUUCGGUCACACUAUUUGCGUUGUGAACCGAUCCGAGGUCGUGGGACGUCCUCUUGCUGCGUUGUUGGCCAACGACGGAGCUUGUGUGUACAGUGUUGAUAUCACUGGUGUGCAGAAGUUCACUCGUGGUGAGGGAUUGCAGAAGCACCGACAUGAGAUCGUUGACCUCGAGGGUGCGACAAUGAAGGAUGUUGUCCCCCUGUGUGACGUUGUUAUUUCUGGUGUGCCGGGUGAGAAGUUCAAGUUCGACACCAGCUUGCUCCGUGACGGUGCUGUCUGUGUCAACUUCUCCAGUGAGAAGAACUUCGGCCCUGAGGUUAAGGAGAAGGCCUCCCUCUACGUUCCCUCCAUUGGCAAGGUGACCAUUGUCGUCCUGCUGCGCAACUUGUUGAGACUCAUCCAGAACCGCCGGGUAGAUGAUGUUAAGCCUGCUGCUGCCACAGAGCGCCCUGGCACUCUUGAGGCUGAGGUUGUUGUAUAG